UUAUUUCUUCAUUUUUUUACAUGUUUCUUCAAGACAAGGUUGCCAUGCCGACCAUCUCUUGUGAGUUAAACAAAGACGGUGGCUCCGAUGUUUCUGAGGUCCGGGCGACGCUGCUGUGCUCUGCAGACCCCACCCCACCUGAGUCCAUGAUGAAGUUUGAGUGGAGAGCACGGGGAAAAUCACAACCGGGACACAAGUUUAAUAUUUCUCUGGGAGACGAACGAGAUAACGAAGAAUACAGCUGUUCAGUCAGCAACCCUGUGAGCAGUGAGACGGCGACAUUCACAGCAAAGGAUUGUUAUCACGAUAAUUCAUCUGUAGCUGUGGCUGUCAGUCUGGCUGUCGUUGGUUUAAUCGUACUCGUGUUGAUCAUCUUCUUCUGCAAAAAGAGACAAAAAGCAUGUUUUUCUAAAGGACAACAGGAUGAUGAGGAGAAACAGACUGAAGGCUCAGAUAAGAAGAAGGCUCAGGGAGGUGAAACCAGUCCUCUUCUUGAUCAGCGACUCAAUAAUACUAUGAGCCCCAAUCACCCUGAUAGCAUGGUCAAAGAAGACACUGAAUUACUCUUGGAAAAAGGGAAUAUCAUGAAGAUGAUACGUGAAAUAGACAGACGGGCUGGUCAAGAACCUGUUGUAGAUAAGAAGCCACCAGAAGGUUUCGUCAAAGAGAAGAAAGAACAGUUUGAAGAAAAGGCUAAAAAACCUCAACAGCCUCAAAACAAAACAGAGCCAGAGAAGAAUCUAGGUAUGAGUGAGGAAGCAUCGACUGUCCCACUCAAAGAUCAAACCUCUCCUACUCUUGCCAACUCAAGUCCCCCAAAGACUGAGGGAGGUCCAGAUGAGGACCCUAAGGACCCUGCUGGGGGUCAAAAGAACGGGUCUGACUCAGAGGAGGUCUAUGAAGACACUCAAGAUGAAUCUGACUCACAAACUGAUCCAUCAGGUACGCAACAGAACAGAAAUUAAUCAGACAAAGUCCUCUGUGAACAAGUCGUCCAGUGUUCCUCAUGAGGAAGGUUCAAAUACGACAUCACAAGAGCAAGAAUCUGCCACGCCAAAGGAAGAAGAAUCCACAGAAGAAGCUAAACCGGUCAAACUGGUUCCUCCAGCUGAAGAAACAUCCAAUUUAAUGAGUAAUGGAGAAGAAAUAGAUGAGAAACAGCAUUUAGCCAACUCAACAGAAGUGAACACCAGCAACACUGUCACAUUAAAAAA